AUGGGGAGAGAAAUUGUUCCCAAAGAAUACCCCAAGGAACCUGGAAAAUAUAGUAGAUUGUGGCUGCAUGAGGAUGCAUUUGAUAUAUUGACAAAUCAUAAGGGAACAAAAGUAAUUGAAGGACUCACUUCAAAAAUUCUAAGUUCAAGUAAGGUUUUCAAGAAGAUGGAAAUCUUAAAUCUUAGUCAUUCCUAUUACCUAAUUCAAACUCCGGACUUUUCAAGUCUCCCCAAUCUUGAGAAAUUAAUACUCAAAGAUUGUACUAGUUUGUUUAAGAUCGACCAAUCUAUUGGAGAUCUUAGUAAUCUUGUCUUGGUAAAUUUAAAAGAUUGCAUAUACCUUCAAACUUUGCCUAGGAGUUUCUAUAAGUUGACGUCUCUGAAAAUUCUCAUUCUUUCUGGUUGUUCUAAAAUUGACGAUUUGGCUAACGACUUGGGAGAGAUGGAAUCCUUGGCAACUCUUCGUGCAGACAACACUGCUAUAACACAAGUGCCAUUCACCAUAGUGAAACUGAAGAACCUCAAACAUUUAUCUCUAUGUGGGUGUAAAGGAUCACCAUCAGAGACAUUGCCUUCGCUCUUUUGCAGUCAAAUACCGUCAAUAAAUCUAUUGUCGGCUAGGCUACAAGGCUUGAACUCACUAACAGAGUUAUGUCUCCGUGAGUGCAAUUUACCAGAUGGUGCAAUUCCUUCAGAUAUUGGGAGUUUAUGUUCUCUUCAAUCUUUAGAUCUAGGAGGCAACAGUUUUAGUAGCCUACCACCAAGCGUUGGUGGUCUUUCGCGGCUUAGCACUUUCAAAUUGACAUGUUGCAAAAGGCUUCAAUCAAUCCCAGAUUUACCUGUAGGUUUGAUUUUUCUGGUUGUAACAAACUGCAUGGCGCUGGAAAGUAUGCCAGAUCUAUCAAAGUUCGAAAAUAUGACCAGUUUGAGCCUUAUUAAUUGCCAUAAUUUGGUCGAGAUUCCAGGUUUGGUUAAGUUGUCCAAUCCUGUUGUAUCUGUUCACAUGGAAGGGUGCAGAAAUCUCUCAACUACUUUUAAGCAAACCUUCCUACAGGAAUGGAGUAUGCGUGGAAUUGGUAGAUUUGGAAUUUUCCUCCUUGGCAAUGAUAUUCCUGAUUGGUUCACGUUUAAAGAUGAGGGGUCUUCGGUAAGCUUUGAGUGCGCUCAUUCUGUUGAAUGGAAUUUCAAAGGGUUCGCUACAUGCAUUGUCUAUUCAUCAAGUGUUUUGGUAUUAUCUACCUAUAGCACUCGCAUCUCAAUUAUCAACCAUACCAAGAACACUAUUCAAACCAUUACGCCAACAACAAUUGGUGGCCCAACCCCCCCGGGAGACCACUUGUGGCUAUGCAAUGUUCAUAAAAGCAGGGUGGAUUUCGAGGGCGGUGACAAAGUAACAGUUGGUGUAGAUUUUGGACCUGAAAUCGUUGUUAAGAAGACAGGGGUUUGUCUAGCAUACGACAGGGCUGUCGAAGGAAAAAUGAUGGAUUAUGCCUCUACAUCAAGUGAGGAUGCCACUCAUGUUGUUAGUGAUGACAAAGAUGCAACCAAAGAUAAUGUUGGGAUGGUGCCUACAAGAGUCAUUCGUGAUGAUAAGUUCAAACCCAAGCAUGAGUUGUUAAUUUUGCAGAUGGAUCUCUUCAACCUUGUAAAUAACAUGGAUGAAACCUAUAUGCAGCAACUCUCUGAAGAUUUUCGUAUAUAA